GAAAAACUCCGUUAUGCACGGCCUCUCGUCAGCCCUUGGAUCCCUCCCCGGUUCGUGUAGCAUCCUACUCGAUUAGACCGGCGAUCCCGUUCCUAGGACCCUGCAGUCGUUUUGACCGGCCGGUUCGACCGGUGUGUACUUCCACUCUUUGGCUUCCAUCAGUAAUAAGGUUCGACGGCCAACUUGGUUGCAGCGAUCCCUUCACGCCUCCAUUGGUUUGAUCUGCUUGCCCCUGAAAGCGAUAGCCCGGUCAACGUCAGGUGACCAUGGCGACUACUGACUUCAGGGAAUCAGGGGCACAGCAACAAUGCCGGGAUGGAGACGAUGGACGGUGGCAAUCGCUAGAAGAAGUGAUGUUUGUUCCAGACAUUUCCUCCGAUCGCCAGUUCUAUAAAUGCUCUCUGCAUAUGCAUGCGUGGGUGCCGGCAACCAACGGUCCAUAGACACGGCAGAGAUGGGUACUCUCGGGCUCUCCUGAAGACGAUCAUGAUAAUUAUCAUUUCUGACAAGCGUUGUGUUGCGUUGACAGCGUAAUAAAUAGUAAAUAGCAAUUAAUUACUAUUAUUAUUGUCGAUAUAUUGAGUGUUAUCCUUGGUUGUGUGCUGGUCCUUCAACAAUAAUAAUAUCACGAUCACCUUCUCUUCUCUCCCGUCCCCCUUUUCCCUUCCUAUUCUCCCCUUCGUUCUUUCUGUCCUUCCCCUACCCACAUUCCUUUAGUCAGUUAGCUAGCUAAUUAAUUAUUCGUUCAUUACUCCAUCUCUUCUUCAAUCCUUCUAUAACACCAUCUCUCAGAAGGCACUAGAUUGCUGGGACUGGGAACCGUGAGAUGCGAUAACAGGACCGUGCUCCCUCGCUUCAGCUGUUUUUCAAGAUCCAUGAUCGCGUCGAAUCUUCGUGUACACUUUCGCCUGCAUUCAAAAGUCAACUGAUGGCUGGCUCCUUGGAAGAUGUGGGCUUUCUGCCCACUAUCAAAUGCUCCAGUUGUGGUAUGGAAGUCGAAAUCAUGGCUAUGGGGGAGCAUGUCUGCAACAAGUCACCGAUCAACUCGAGUUCGUCGCCGCUAGAACGCAGGGAGUUACUACCAACAUCAACUUCGCUAGCAACAAGCGCCAUGUCACGAAUAGCUGCCAAGGAGUCGAAGGGAGCAAAAUUCAAGCCUCUCGCUCCCAUUGAUUCUGUAGCGGCCAACAAAGCUUUUCUGCGCCCGUCUCCCGGGAACUUCACUUCACGCAGCGCCUCCCCUCUAACAGCCUCGUCGCGGCCUCGAUCACCCUUCCGUGCACCACAGUCAAGUUUAUCAGCACGUCUCCCUCCUAAUCCUUCAUCGCCUCCUGGAUUGGUCAAUCUGGAUUGUGCAUUCCCACCGUUCCCGGCAGCGAGGUCAAGGUCAGCCACGAAAACUGGCGUCCCACCACUGCUGAAAUUGCACAAGCCAUCUGCCAGCGAUCAACCACCCAUACCGCCUCUACAGCACCGGAGGACAGCAACUCCAGCGGUUAACGAGGAGCUUAACAAUGGGCAAUCACCAAUGGCACCUCCCCCAUUGUCACAAUCACUUCCGGAGUCGAAAGACCAGGCCUCGUCUAGCACAACCAUGCUGGACAUGUUUCAUCGACGAAACUUCUCCGUUGAUAGCAAAAGUAGUUAUCGGACAUCACACUCAAGCAAACUAUCGAUGGCCAUGUCGAAUCACAGACCAUCUGUAGGCAGUCUACUCCGAGCCGCCCGUCCCUCCGAAGAUGUACCUCCUAUGCCGCCUCCUCCCGCUAGGAGUCAGACGGGGAGUCCUUCCUCAUUUGGAAAUCUAUCCCAGUCCGUGAAAUCUACAAAGAUCCAUCAUAGCGAACGAAGCGAACGUGACUUAGAUCUCGGUAUCACAACGGAAACAAGCGAUUCUCGAGCCGAGGACGAAGAAGCGGAUUCCGGUCUUUACAAGUCUCUCCGCGAGCAUCUCAGACUUGACGUGACCAACCUCUCCGAAGAAAAUGAGACAUCUACGAGUGCACCCGCAGAGAUCAAAUAUCAGCCUUUCAGGCCCUCUGCUUUCUCUCGAGAGAACCAUGAAACUCAAAAAGAAUAUGACGGUUUUAAUGCCGACCAAAAGUUCUCUGAUAUGGAUAGUGAUGAUGAGGAGACCCUAUCAGUCUCGAACUUCGCACGUUCCCUGGGUCUAGAUAUUUCCGACAGCAGUGCAGAGAGCUCAUCGUCGGAGUUCUCCCGACCGGAAACAGGCAGUGGGAGUUCGAUGUCUAGUCUCCCAUCGGAAGAGAAUUUGUCGCGGUACAAGCCCUUAGAACCAGGCCGGCUAUAUUCGGUUUCGGAAGAAUCACUGUCGAGGAACAGACGCCGUAUGCUGGAUGAAUCUGCACAGUCUGAAAGCCCAACGGAACUCGAGCCGCCGCCUCCGCUCCCGAUGCACCUCGUCAGCCCUGAUUCCCCAACCGACCCUGCAAUUCUCCAAGGAAGCGUGUCGCUCAUUCCAGAGAACAAGUGCAGGCAACCAGAGCCGAGGUCGCCUUUGCGACCAAACAUGCCCCGGUCGGCUACAGCACCAACCCCCCGAGCUCGCCCGAAAGGCCGCUGCAAAGGUUGUGGAGAACUUAUUAUGGGGAAAUCCGUAUCUUCGGCAGACGGUCGACUCACGGGUCGUUACCACCGAGCUUGCUUUGUGUGCUAUCACUGCCGGGCGCCCUUUGAAACGGCGGACUUUUAUGUCUUGGAUGAUCAUCCGUACUGUGCCCAACACUACCAUGAGCUCAACGGAUCGUUAUGUUCGUCUUGCAAUCAGGGAAUCGAAGGGCAGUAUCUGGAAACGGUAGAGAGGACCGGACACGGACCUAGCGAUCGACAAAAGUUCCAUCCCGGGUGUCUUAGGUGCUUCAUGUGUCAGAUUUCCUUGAACGGUGACUAUUUCGAGUGGAACGGCCAAGUAUACUGCGAGCGAGAUGCCAGGAGGGCAGCAGCAAUGCCCCCACGGAACUACCGUCGCCCUACAGUGGCAUCAUCACCAUUAUCGCCGUAUCCCCCAGGAUCCUCUGGUCGGCUUGACCCGUACGGAUUGGGGCACGGCCACUAUCCCGCACCGAGUGGCCCUAAACGCUUUCCGGAGCGCAGAACAACCCGGUUGAUGAUGAUAUGAGUGGCACGGGCCAUGCCAUAUGCCUUCUUCUCUCUUUCUCUCUGUCCUGAAAUCCAAAUGCGUCUAUCAUUAAUAGCUAAUGCUUAAUCCGGCCUAUCUAACCAUUCUGGCCGUCUUACCCGUCACUGGCGUCUUGGAUACAGGUUUUUCUUUUGGAUUUCUUACCUAUUGUGUGAUCGCAGGCCGCCAUAUACCCCUUGAAUUUUGAGUUGUUUCGGUUAGAUUCGAUUCACGGCACGGCACGGACUUGACGUUUAUAAUUUCCUUGCCGUCCUUCUCUGUCUAUAUAUUACUGAAAACUAGCAAUCCAUGGUUUUGCACGUUCUCUGGGUUCUUAUUGUAUAUACACUUCUUUCAUGUCAGCCAGUAUGCAUGCUACAUAGUGAUAAUAAAAGAAACAUUCCCAAAGUCAG